AUGCCGCGGUCUACCAUUGAUGCUCGACGUGCUAUCGAAAGCCUUGACGAGGAUGACGCCUCAUCAGGUUCAGACAAUGAAGAAGGCAUACCUGCGAGAUCCCCAAGGAAAGCGCCUCUUUCCGUGACACCUACUCUUUCUAUUAGGUCCCGGGGAGGCAAACGCCGCUCCGCUGCAGAACUUCUCCAAUCUGCCGAGUCACACAAGCGCCGGAGGACUUCCAGUUUUGCUGGGGCUGUAGAGUUGUUGCGGGGCCCAGGGUCGCUUCAGUCUCGAAACGCCGGCAGCCACAAUUCCUCCGAAUCACCUCGAAUUGCUCAGGCCCGCGUUGGAGAUGAUCAAUCGUCCAGAGAUGGACACAAUGUACAACACAAUCACGAGGAUGAUGCCGUCGAUCCAGCAAUGGUAGAUUUAGUAAAUAGCUUGGGGUCAUCUCAGGAAGUAGUAGCAGUUGCCGACAGCCAGGACCUUGGAGGGGCCCACAAUCGAAAGGAUAGCAACCGUGAUGUAUCCGAUAUCGAUCUAGGCCACAAUGACCAAGAGGAACUCGCUUCAAUCUCUAACGAGAUGGAGUUGGGAGAUACGGAUCUCAGCCAUGAGCCUGCAAGGAAGAAACCUUCAACUCAAGACCAAAGGAAUUCACCUACUCAGAUUCCAAACGGCGUUGUGACAAGGGCGGCCGCGGCUGAUCCUGUCGACACUAUCAACGGACUGCAAGUAAGCGAUUCGGCUGAAGCAAUUAGUCACCAGUCUGCGAGGAAAUCUAGACCGAUACUCUCUCCUGAGAUACACGAGAUUGGUGUUAUUGUCCCCGCGAGCCCGAAUGGUGCACAAGCACAAAAUGCGUCGGAAGUCCAGUCCCGUGACAACAUCGACCGUAUGGUUACAGACCUGCAAGAACCUGAAGUGUCUUCUCGGAAGCCAAAGGUGCUGGAUCAAGAUAGACUUUCUCGGAGCAGUAAACACAACACACCUCAGAAUGGUAGCAUUCAGGACAAGGAUCAGGACUCAGUACCUUCAGGCCAAGGCCAAAAGCGGGAUACAGCAUCGAGCUUGGGAACCAAUCUCCCCGUACUCCAGCUAGUUUCGAAAGACCGCCGCAUAGACGAGAAUGCCGUGGUUAGAUCCAAUACCGACGAAAAGAGGCCGAAACCAAAGCAGUCAAAAAGUGGAAAGGCUCAUGAGAUAAAUGCUGCCAGCAGCCCGAAACGCAAUGUUUUCAGCAGAGCUGAGCCUGCCAAAGAGACUCGGACAAAGCCAUCUCCUGUUGUGCCGGUUAAUGAUGAGCUCGACAUUGCAGAUGACGAGGAAUUGUUCGUAACACCAGAAGACCCGAACAUUGAUGCAGGCGAUGACUCAAUAUCCGAUCUUGAUGAGGAAGAAGAAUUCGAUCCGAACCGUCAUGCAUCACAAUUAAGGCAUGAUGUGCGAAGAUUUCGUGAUGGCCAAGUUGAAGAUAUUGAUGACUCUGCGUUCUUCGACGCGCCUUCGAGUGACUCCGUCGUCACUAUUCAACUGCCGUCGGAUUCUUUCUCGCAAGCGAGAAAUUUGAUGCAGCGUCUCGGCUGGUCUGCCAUAUCCAACAACUGGGAAAAGCUGUUGACCGAAAAGCAAAUCCCCGAGACAAGACCAGCACAGCACAUGACAAGCUACCUUAUAAAGCUUGGCCGAGUUCUCUCGGAGGCGCCCUCUGCUGCAGACUUGCCAGCACAAAACGACUUUUUGAAAGAACACAGUGAGAUGAUGAAGCGCUAUUUUUCCAAGAUUGAUCGCGACGUAGACAAUAUCAGAACGCACUGGCUUUCCUUUAAGCGUGGGGCCAGCGAGCUGAACAACGACGUGGAUGCACAACAGGGCAUAGCAAAAGAUCUCGUACGACUCGUCAUCCCCUUGCUCAUUGCAAUCCUUGGGAGAGGAUGGGCAUUGGGGCAGAAGAUCAAGGGAUCAUUCUUCACCGAUUUCACCAUCUCGAUCCUUGCUCGACUUCUCGGGUGGACGGAAAAGCUAUAUCGUCCUCUAAUGCGUGAGUUGAGGCAUCGCCCACUCAGACCGGAAUCGAAGUCGGAGAACUUAGCACGGGAAGCCCUUGGGCCGAUUUUGGCGACUCUGCGAGAAACACUCAACGAUGCGCCUAAUAGACUGCGACAAGAGGAGCAAAAACUGCUGCACACGCAGAAUGACCGCCAAUACAUGUUACAAAUGCAAGAAAGGAUCAAGCGGCGGCGCCAGGCUCAGGCAGAGGCGGAAAAGAAAUCACUCCGUGAACACAAUCGCAAAGCCGCUUUGGCCCUUCGCGGCAAUCUUCCGAAUCCUCGUAGACCAAGACUGGCAGCGAAUCCUGAUAAUGACGGCGUCGGCGGCGGCGGCUACUCUCAGCCGAGUAAUGCUAUAGUAAAAUCAGAUGCUCGCAAAAGUCGUCGACUGCCCGCCAAAUCAGUGGAGCUGGAACAAUGGAGAAAAGAAGAGGAGGUGUCACUCAUCAAACAUCUGAAAGACGCUUUCGACCACAACCCGCCUCGAUUGCCCAAGCUUUCGUCCAUGGUAGUAAUGAUAGGCCACAGUGGAAACGAAAUCAAGCGAAGAGCGACACUGUUGCUUCCAUUGAUGUUCCUCACGGCGUCCCCAGAAAAGUCAGAGUUGCAAAUCCACGCCAUGACCGAUGACCUCAUCAGCAACUGGCGUUGA